AUGGACGGAGCUUUCGUGGGCACUUGGAGACCUCAUCGCCCACGGGGCCUCAUCUCGGCCCAGUUCACCAGCCCUGGACCCAAAUACUCAGUCCAGGGGACAACAGGUUACAUCAACCACAACCCCACCAAAGUCAAAGCCCCCGCGUACACCUGCAGAGGGGCAAAAGCUCCUGCGGAAGGUGGCUGCUCCCCAGGCCCUCGCUAUUACGUGGAGCCCUCCAUGACCAGGACUGGGAAGUACGUGGCUCCAGCCUACGCCAUCACUGGACUUCCCAGGAUAAAGACGGAGAUCACACCUGGACCCAGCGAUUACAGCCUGGAGAAGUCCAACCGACACAUCUUUAAGUGCCCGCCUGAGCCAUCCAUGGCCUUCCGGAACAGGGGAGUCAAAACCGACUUCACUCCAGGUCCCGGCACCUACACCUUGCCCAGGGUGCUGGGCCCCAACACGGCGCACACGCCUGCCAGCCCAUGCUACUCCAUGAAGAGCAGGAGUCAGCGGGAUCGCUACGACGCUGAUCUCGCCAAGACCCCAGGCCCGGCGGCGCUCCCAAAGAUUGAGCUGGAUGUUUUCAAAACCAGAGCUCCCGGGUACACCAUGGGAACCCGAACUCAGCUCCGAGACAAGACGGUCAAACCGGGGCCGGCGGAUUACCGCACGGGAAGGGUGGAGCUGAUCAAGCCCCAGGCGCCUGCAGCCACGUUUGGACUGCGCCAUUCCGUGUACACCACUCCCCUGAUCCUCGACGUUUGAGAUGUGUUGAAUAAAACAACGUGUUGCUCAGAGAGGUUUUCUCUUCACCUUGAGACAAGGGGAGGGGUUUCUGUGGGUGAGGAAGAGCUGCUUGCUCUGUUUAACCCUACAAGCAGCAAAAACCCUACAAGGUUCAGAAUGGAGGGCAAUCAGGUCCUAGUAGAAGCAACAGCUCUAACUGCACAUUUUCUCCUGAUUGCCCUAACACAACCAAACGAGGACCCUGAUUGCUCACUUCACCCUGGACGUGUCUUGUUCUUCCUCUGACACCUGCUGCACACCUGGCUGAGGACAGAUACAAUCCACACAGUGCGACUGGAGCUGAACGCUGCACCCCAAAAGCAGCCGGGUCCUUCCCUGCACGCUCUCAGCAGAGAGCAGAGCAUCCUGGGGACAGCUCAGGAAAAAUAAUCACUAAUUCCUGUUUGA